AAGACGACGGACAGCAUGGUCCUGCAGACUCUGGGCCUGCACCGUUGGCAGAGCAGGGGCGGCGAAUGCAACAACAACAACAAUCACGCCAGCGACAGCUGUAACGUAAACAACAACAACAACGUCGACUUCACCGUCGACAACAACCGCACCGCGUUGAAAAGGACCGGCGCUGCGGUACCCGCGGAUGGCCGAGGCCCCGUCCGGGACGGCCGGGGGGGUGGGGAGCCCCGCGCGGACCUUGCACCUGCUCGCCGGGCCGUGUCCGAGGCCGGGCCGGGCGCGUCCGUGAAGCUGGCCAUGGUGCAGGCCGCCGCGACGCCAGCCCAAUCCGCCGCGCACACCGACGCACACCCCGACGCCAAGGCCGUGAGCGCCACGCCGAGCCCCAGCCCGAGCCAAGGCUGUGGCCAGGGCUGUGGCCAAGGCCCCCAAGGCCCCGCCGAGCAAGCGGAGCAAGCCGAACCCAACAACAACGACCUCGUCUCCACCGCCGAGCUGGCGCUACUCGCCAAGCUGGAGGAGGCAAACCGGCUCAUCGAAGCCGAUGCCAAAUCCUUGAACUCCUUGUCUGGAACCAGUGGACAUUCCCGCAAGAGUUCGGACACCUCACAAAUAUCCCUAACAUCUGGCACAAGCUCAAGUCAAGACAGAACUGAAGAUGCUGAAGAAGAUGCAUGGACUAUCUGGGGGCGGGUUGUCAGUGACUGGGACAAUUUCUUCAAAAAGAAAAACCAGUAUGUCCGGGAUCUUGUCCGUAAGGGCAUCCCAAACAAACUGCGAGGCACUGUCUGGCAAAGGCUAUGCAGUGCGCAGGAGUCUCCUAUCACCAAACAAUAUGCAGAGUAUAUCAAGGCAACAUCGGCUUGUGAAAAGGUGAUCCGACGAGACAUUGCCAGGACAUAUCCUGAGCAUGAGUUUUUUAAGGAGAAGGAUGGCUUGGGCCAGGAGAGUCUAUUCAACGUCAUGAAGGCAUAUUCUUUGCAUGACCGUGAAGUGGGUUACUGCCAGGGCUCAGGAUUCAUAGUUGGCCUCCUACUCAUGCAUAUGCCUGAGGAAGAAACAUUUGCUGUUCUAGUGAAACUAAUGCAGGAUUAUCGCUUGAGAGAAAUGUUCAAGCCCACCAUGGCAGAACUAGGACUUUACAUGUACCAACUGGAAAAUUUAGUUCAGGAGCAUCUUCAAGACCUCCACAUUCACUUUUUAUCUCAAAGUUUCCAUACCAGCAUGUAUGCAAGUAGCUGGUUUUUAACUCUUUUCACGACUGCUCUGCCUCUUCCAGUUGCAUGCAGGAUAAUGGAUGUAUUUUUAUUGGAAGGAAUGGAAAUUAUAUUUAAAGUGGCCUUAGCUCUUCUUACAAUUGCAAAAGACAACAUACUCAGCUUGGAUAUGGAGGGCAUGCUCAAGUAUUUCCAAAAGGACCUACCACCUCGUGCUGAGGAGGACCCUGAUGGUCUUAUGAACAUGGCAUACAACAUUAAGCUCAAUUCGAAGAAAAUGAAAAAGUUGGAAAAGGAGUACACUGCGCUGAAAACCAAGGAGCAAGAGGAAAUGGUGGAAUUAAAGCGACUUCGCAAUGAGAACCGACUGCUUCGUCAACGAGUUGAACUUCUUGAAGCAGAAUCCAGUGAGUUGGCUGAUAGAUUGGUACGAGGACAAGUGUCUCGUGCAGAAGAAGAGGAAACAACAUUUGUUGUCCAAAGAGAAUUGGCUGCCCUUCGCCACACUCAUUUAGAAACCUCUCAUAAACUAGAAAUAGCACAAGAAGAACUGAGCAAGCUUUCAAUGAUUAUGGAAGAGACACACAAUUCAGCACAAUCCUCAAUGGAUGAAAUCUCAUUGAAAAAAGAGAUGCUUACUCAGAAGGAAGAAAUGGUUGAGUGCCUCCAAGAACAGCUUGUCAAAGUUCGACUCCGAGAAGCAGAAAAUGAAGCAAUCAUUAGGGAUCUGAGGUCACGUAUCCAAGAACUAGAGGAGGAUAAAAAGACGUUGCGAGAAUCAACAGUAGACAAUUCAGUAGCACAUUUGCAAGAAGAGCUCAUUGCAGUCAAGCUACGAGAAGCUGAAGCCAACCUCUCUCUGAAAGAUCUUCGCCAACGUGUGUCAGAACUGAGUUCACAAUGGCAGAGGCAUCUCCAGGAGCAUCGUGUUGAGGCCAAUCCACCUCCAGAUUCUACUCCUAAAAAGCUUUUGUUCUGGGACAAUCGCAGUGCCGAUACUCAACGACUAGAAGAGGAGCUCAUGACUACACGAAUCCGAGAAAUGGAUACUCUUACAGAGGUCAAGGAGCUCAGACUGAAGGUGAUGGAACUAGAAACACAAGUACAAGUCAGCACCAACCAGCUUCGUCGCCAAGAUGCUGAAAACAAGCAGUUACGGGAGGACCUUGAGACAUGUGCCACCCGUGAGCGAGAGGCAGCUAGGGAGCUCAGGGACCAACAGCAUCGCUAUGCUGAUUUGGAAUCCAAGAUGAAGGAUGAAACAAUGAUGGCUAGAAUAAGGGAUGCUGAACAUGCUCAGGCUGUGGCUGAGCUGACACAAAAGAUCUCCAGAUUAGAAAUGAAGAAUGAAGAGAUGGUAGCAGAGGGUGAGUUACGCAGCAACCUUGAUGACAGUGACAGGGUACGGGAGCUUCAGGACAAAGUUGCAGAACUUAAAGCAGAGAUCAUGAGACUGGAGUCAUGGAAACGGCGUUGGACAUCUAGUGGGGAGGCUGUUCGCCAACCUGCCUCAAGAACUGUGUCUGUUGAUACAGAGAGUGAACAUGACGAACCAGCUGAUCUCCAGAUUAAGUUUGGAAAUAGUGACGCUUCAAGUCCAGAAGUAUAAAUGUGUAGACUGUAUGUACUCUCCCAGUGCUGUGUGUAAGAUUUUUAGUUAACUUUCCAUUAGUAGUUACAGGAUGUGAUUUUUAUUAGUUGUGAUUGUGAUAAUGAUUUUGCGGAUGCGUUCUCAAGCAUACGUAUUUAAAUACUUCACCUUUAGAGAUUAAUGGCCUCUGAUAUAGUCCGUAUUUUUGAUUCAACCAUGUUGAUGGGUUAGGUUCUCAUAAGUACGAUGAUUGUCCAGAGCCUGAAUACAAGGAUAUGAAUACAAUUAAUGUUCAUUUGGGAAGGGAGGGAAGGGAUAUGACACUCUGUAUUACUGUGAAAAUCGUCAAAAAGCUAUUUCCUCACUUCAACCACAUUAUUUUUCUAGAGUGAAAUAGUCUUUGGCUCUACUUUUCUUUCAAAUUUAAGAAAAAGUAUGCAAUAUUAAUUUUAUUCAUUCUGUUGAACUGUACCCAGUAUGUCAAUAUUGAGUCUAUCACUUAAAGUUUGGUAAACGCACAAAAUGCAUUGACUGCUACUAUUGCAGUAUUUACAAGCUUCAAUGUCAAAAAGGAUUAUGCAGAGUUAAGACAAUGCACCUCACAAUGAGUACGAGUAAGAUAUCUUAUGAUCAUUCCCAUUUAUGAAAUAAUGAAUUUUGUACUACAGGUGUUAAGCAAGGGGCUCAAUGAAAUUAAUAUGACAGGUUUUAAUACUUCCAUGUUUGUGAUUUUAUAAUUAGUCUAAAGGUAUCAAGUACCUCAUAACAUUUUUGUGAUUUCAUUGGUUUCUUUUCAAAGUAACAGUGUUACAUAAGAAACUCUUGUUUGAUUUUUUGUUUAAAUCAUGGAUAUAAAGAAUAUGUCGGGGCUUGUAAGAAAGUUACCUUGGCAUAUUGUUGUAUGAUAACUUCUUGUAAUGGCUGAGUUCAGUGAACAUAAUUCAUAUCACUUGUUUUGGAGAUGUCAAUUAAAACUAGAAUAUUGUUAGGUAAGAGGAAUGAGGUUGUCUCUGAGCAGCUUACAUUUUAAUUCUCUAUAAGAAAAAAAAAACAAAUCAGAAAUUUCAACAUUACGUUCUGAACAUCUGCAGUUUUUAAUCUUGCAGUAUUUUCCUUUUCAAUUUUGUUGUUGUUGACAAAAACUUAAGCCUUGUUUAAAUUUCUGUUCCUUGUUUCAAUGUUCUGCAACCUCUGGAUUCAGCCAUGAUUGUAUUAGACUUUGUUGAAUAGCCUACAAUUUGUAUAGAAGAUUUGUUUUCUUUCAUAGCCUGAUCCGUACUUUUUAUCUCACUGGUUUGAUAGAACUUUGUACUUGGAGAACUAUUGAUGAAACUAGAGAAUGGCCCCAGUCAGUUUGUUUCUGUAUUUGUCGCUUGGCAGACAUUUGAAAUUAAUUUUCUAUUUGCCAAAACUUUUAAAAUGAGUCUUUGUUUGUUUUACGUUUUAAUUUUGAUCUGUUGUUUGUUUAUUUUACAGUUUAUCUGUUUUAUUAUUUAUGUCUCUGAUUGCCUUUAUAAUUUAUCAGGCCAGAAUGGAAUUGUGCAAAUGCAGUGCUAGCUUCACUGCUAUGUUUUAAUUAAUGAACUAAUGGCUCAAAGAGCACUGAUAUUUUUAAUGAUAUGUGUCUCCCUGAGAUUAUUCUUAAUCAUACCUUGGAACAUCCUCUUAUUCUUUUAUGUGGCAUGUCUGAUACAAUAGAAAGAAUUCAUAUCCUCAUUCGGAAAUAGAUUGUUAUGGUUUCAUCUUCUUGUAGUUUCUGUUUAUGUACCUUGAGAUGUAAAAUGAAUUUUAUACAGAAUAAGGUAGUCUUUGUACCAAAAAUUUUAAAAAAUGUUUGGUCUCAUUUAUGGUAAAAGUGUUACAGGUGCAACCUUGUCUUUGUCUUGCAUGGACAUGUCUAAAUUAUUAAAUGAGCUGUCAAUUUCCAAAUCGU